AUGUCCAGCUACAUUGAAGCUAUAAAACUAGCUCAGCAAAAGAAAUCAAAGCAGAAAUCUGCGCCAGUUAACUCUGGCACUUAUGCAUCAAGCUCCAGUUCCCUUCUCUCGGGAAACAAAAAGCUAGAACGCAAAAAGCCCGACCCAAAUGCGAUCGCGAAGCUGAAGCAAAGAAUCGCGGCGGAAAAGCCAAAACCUGCGCCGCCGAAAAAGCCAAAAGAAAGCAAUGUCCAUGGACCCAGCUCUAGCAAGGCAGUGAAAGAUAAACCCAAAAAGUCUUCCUCUGAAAGCUCAGUUAGCAAGAAGCCUAAAUCGCUCGUCUCUUCAAAACAUGCUCCGAGCAGCUCUUCCAAGUACGAAGAGCCGCUCAAAAAGCGGAAAUCGGAGAACGGGCCUUCUUCAAGUUCCUCAAGUUCAAAGAAGGCGAAGUUAAGUUCAGAGUCGAAUAACAACAAGAAGAAGCAGGCGGUAUCGUACCACGAAAUGAUGGCGAGAGCGACAAGUGGCAAGUCGAACAAAGACAAGUCUCCGGCAGAAACAUCCUCACACAAAUCUUCAAAAAACAAAAACAAAGAAUCGCAAGGCGAGUCAAGCAACUCCAAAAAGGAUGAAGAAUAUCUUUACUGGGGACUAAACGACGAAGAAUACAAAUUCUACCACAGUCUCAAUAAAAAAGCGCGAAAGGCGGCUGAGAAGGGAAUUGAAUGCAAACUGGACUCGUACGAGAAGAGAAUGCAGGAGAGAAUCAAGAAAAAGAAAAAUGAGUAUAAAGCGAGGGCCAAGAAGGAGGCUGAAAAACAAUCGCUGCUGGAAAAAGCGAACAAAUACAAACCAAGCAAGAACAAAUCCACUAACAAUCUUCCGCCGCCCAAGCCUCAGCCGCCUAAGGUACUCAAUCCCUACGCCAAGCUGGAGAUCAGCAAAGGGAAGAAAUCGAAAAUACAAGAACAAUCUAGCGAAUCGUCAAAACUGCCAAAGAAAGAAUCUAAGUUGCCCAAAUCUAGCUCCGUUCAAAAUUCACAGCCUAAAAAUGGCUAUUCGAGGCCACAAACAACAUACGGAAAUCGCGGUUUCGACCCGUAUGCGCACAGAAGAGACAGCAACCCGUACCAACAAAGGAGUAGAAAUCCGUAUGACGAUCUUCCUGAUUCGGAGGACGAGUACGACUCUGAACUCGAUGAUUUUAUCGACGACGACGAAGAUACAGUUGGAGUCGACGUAGCCCGUCAGCUUGUUCGUGCUAGUUGCAAGAAAAUCUUCACAAUGAAGAGUGGCGAAACAUAUUCAAGUGACAAAUGGGCAGAGCGAGAACGCGGCCUCUCCGACCACGCCCUCCAUACAUAUGAGUUUUACGGAUCUGUGGAUGAUCGCGGUAGACGAACGUGGGACACGGCAGCGUACGAGCGUAAAGCUAAGUACGGCCAUGCUGGGACUGUUGCGACGGACUUGAAGUCGGACAAGCGCAACCUACCGCCGAGUCAGCGAGACAUGCUGAAAGCGAGAGACUACAAGGUCGAUCUGGAUUCUAAAGUUAACAGAACAAGUGUCGUAUCAAUGACAGACGGUGGAAAGGAUGGUUCCGCUGGAUAUUACUGUGAAGUUUGUGACUGCGUGAUCAAAGAUUCAAUGAAUUACUUGGACCAUAUCAAUGGACGAAAGCAUAUUCAAAACCUUGGAAUGAGUAUGAAUUUGAAAAGAUCUACUGUAGAAGACGUCAAAAAUCGCUUUAAAAUGCACAAAGAGAAGAAAGUAGUCGAAAAAAAGGAAUACUCGCUGGCAGAGAGGCUGGCUGAUGCAGCUGAGGAAGAAGAGAGAAUGGCAGCUUAUUCGCAACAGGCAAGGGUUAAAAAAGAUCGAAAACAGCGCAAACGAAACAGAGAUGAAGAAAAACGACAAAACGACUUAGAACUCAAACGAGCAAAGCGUGCUAUGGAGGAAAAGCUAAGAAAAGAGCAUGAUGCUCUUAUCGAAGAAAAUCGAAAGAAAGAAGCCCAGAAAAAAGCUGAAUCAAGACGACCAGGCUCAUCUGACGAGGACAGCCCAUCUGAAAAAGACAAUCCACCACCUCCUCCUCCUCCAAAGCCGGUGAGCGAGGAUUUAUUAGCCGCAGCGGACAAUGACGAUGAUAUGAUGGCCGCGAUGGGUUUUGGAGGCUUUGGGGGAUCUGCAAAGGAUGCGUAA